AGUGUUAUGAGGGGAAAAGGAAGUGCAGCAGUUACUACAAACACAUAAACAGCUCAAGAUACAGGAAGAGAAACUUACACAAUGGCCGCAUACACAAAAGUAUUGUACAUUUCAAUUGGAUUUUGGCUCAUUUUAGGUGUUGAAUGCUUCAUUGGUGGGUUUCAUCAUGUUUUAACUAUUAAGUCUGGAGGAUCUGUCACCAUCCCAUGUCAUUAUGAUGAGAAAAACCCUCCACAGAAGAAAUACUGGUUCUCAGGCAUUGAUCAAUCUAAAAUAUACACAAACACAUCAGAGGAGAAUCCGUCAGUAAUUGAUCAUCCUGAUCAGAGUCUCUUUACUGUGACUAUGAGAAACCUGCAGAACAAACACACUGGAGAUUAUUCUUGUGUUGUGGAGACUGACGGACUGUCGACUAUUAGAUACGAUCUUCAUCUUAGGGUUCAGCCUGCUCCUGAUGUGUCUGUAGUGAGCAGCAGUGUAUCUGGACAUGAAGGUGGUAAUGUCAGUGUCCAGUGUUUCUACAGUUCUAGAUAUCAGAAUCAUCCCAAACAGUGGUGCAGAUAUAAAGAUGAGAGCUGUUACACAGUGGGGAGGACUGACACAUCCCAGAGUUCAUCAGUCCAGAUCAGUGAUGAUGAUGGGAGAAGCUCCUUCACUGUGCUGAUGACUGGACUGAGACUCAGUGAUUCUGGAUGGUUCUUCUGCUCUGCUGGAGAGGCACUGAACCCUGUUCAUCUCACUGUAAUUAAAGACAAAAGAAGAAGUGAGACAGGAAUUUCAAAGAAUAACAAUAAAACUGAAGUCACUGAAGAAACACAAAUAAAUAAAGAGCUUCUGACUGUGUGGCUUCCAGUUUCAGCUGCACUUCUGCAGCUGUUGAUUCUGGUCUGUGUUUUUUUCACCUGGAGAUGGAAACAGAGAUCCAAGCAAGAUAAACACCAAAUCAUAGAGAAAAAUGACAGCAGGACCAUUGACCCAAUCUACUGUGAACCUGAAGAUCCUGUGAUAUACAACACUAUAAAUGAUGAACGCUCAAAUGAUCCCAUUAAAGACAAAACCUACAGUACUAUUGGUGAUGCUCCUGUGAAUGCAGCAAAGCCUCCAGCAGGGGCACUAAUAUACAGCUUGGUGGGUCCACACUAACAGCAGUGAGAAGAACACAGGAACAGACACUUCUGACUGGACUGAGUGAUUCUGGACGGUUCUGCUGGAGAGACUCUGAACCCUGUUCAACUCACGGUCACAUUAGUAUUACAGUUUUUCUGCUCUACAGUACAAUUGUCUACAAAUUGUACAAUAACUAAAUGCACAUGGCUUGUUGAUCAAAACCGAUAAGUUGAUUCUCAGUGAAAUUGUCAAACUCUUCACAACUUAAACAUUCUUUCAUCUUGUGAGCGAUCACAUGCAAAAUGGACUAUUCAGUUAUCAAAUACUGUCAGACAUUCAUUUAUAUUUCAUAUCACUACAUUUAUUUUGGCAGAAGUGUGUUCAAAUUCACAGUUGAAUGUCGUGCAAGAGCAAUAGGUAGAAUGUGUUAGAGGAAGACAUAGAGAUGAACAAGUAAAAAUAAACAAGACACUGUGAAUUUUCAGUCUAAAUAUAACAAAUGUUAAUUUUCUUUUUGUUUCACAGUAUUGAUGUCUGAAUUUGUUUUUAAGCAUUAGUUUUUCAUUUCUUUUCUUUUGCAUGUAGAGGUCAUUUAGGUAAUUUUGUCUGUUGUUUUGGCCAGACCCUCUCCUGCGGUCUGUCCUCGCUUAAUACAUCUGAGAUGAUUUGACAGAUGCCAGAUCUUCUAAUUGCAACUGAUCUCAUUGAUCUAAUUUGGUUCUUCAAAUGAAUUUGUGGGUUUGAUUAAAAUACCUGGAUUAAGUUGUCUGA